AUGUCUGCCCGGGCCCAGCUAGCUGCCGGAGCUUCCCUUAUUGAGCAACUGGUGUCUGAAGGGAACUUUGAGGAGCUUGGCAACCACCUUACGGAGCUAGAGACUCUGCACGUGACCAAGGAGCAUCUCCCGCAGACAGAUGUGGUCAGGGCUGUGUACCGUGUCCUCAAAAGCUGCCCCAACGUGACUUUGAAGAAGAAAGCCAGGCAUCUGCUGUCAAAAUGGAAAGUUGCAUAUCAGGAACCUUCUUUCAAACCCAGGGACAGCCCCACAUUCUUCCCUGAGGGUGGAGAGGCCAAAACUUCAGGACUUUCUUAUGGCUCACGUCCAGAUGAGACAGUGGGAGGCCCCGGUUCUGAUUCUCUGCCAUCUUCCCAAGAUGCUAUAGCAAAAGCCAUUGCAAUGAUUGUGCCUGAAAAUAGCCCUAGUGAAAUGGAACGUAAGGAAGAGCAUGGCAAGGGUGGCGACCCUCAGUCCACUGACCAGAGAUCAAGUGAGUUGCCACAUCCCGCAGUGCCUGUGAGAACGAAAUGCACAGAGCUUCUGUAUGAAGCUUUAGCUAGCUUUUCCACAGAUGAACCCAAAGAUGAGCUGUGGCAGAACUUUGCAAGAGAGAUUGAAGAGCACGUGUUCACCCUGUAUCCAAAGAACCUCAAAAGAUAUAAAAGUUGUAUCAGAAGCAAAGUGGCCAAUCUGAAGAACCCCAAAAAUUCUCACUUGCAACAAGACUUGCUCUCUGGGACCAUGUCGCCAAGGGAGUUUGCCGAAAUGACCGUCAUGGACAUGGCAAGCAAGGAGUUGAAACAGCUGAGAGCUUUGUAUACGGAGUCUGGCAUCCAGGAACAUUGCCUUCCGCAAGUGAUGGAGGGCACCCAAACGGAGAAAAUCAAAUGCAGGCGCUGUGAGAAGUUCAAUUGCAAGGUCACUGUGAUUGACAGAGGAGCCCUGUUCCUCCCGAGUUGGGUGCGGAAUUCAACCCCAGAUGAACAAAUGAUGACCUAUGUAAUCUGUAAUGAAUGUGGCGAACAGUGGUACCAUAGCAACUGGGUGUGCUUGUAA